AUGCAAACCUGGCUUCGUCAAAAAGGUAUUGAAUUUGAAGAGACCAUGCUAAAGCCGGAGUUGUACAACUUAAUAAAAAAAUGCAAAGAUAAAUUUAAGAAAUUUAAUAUCGAUGCUAUUUUGAACGAAGCAGGACAUUCUGUACUUCGUUUGCCCCCAUAUCACCCGGACCUGAAUCCUAUUGAAAUGGCCUGGUCCCAAAUAAAAAGUUAUGUUGCCUGUAAAAAUGUAACUUGGAACCUGACAUGUAUAAUUGAGUUGAUUCAUGAAAAAGUAAAUUUAAUGGGAGCAACAGAAUGGGGGAAGCUAUGCACGAAGGUAAAAGAAAUAGAGGCUGAUUACUGUAAAAGCGAUCAUGUGGUGGACAUGAUGACAGAAACAUUUGCUAUCCACAUAGGGGAUCAUGAUUCCGACUCAGAUGAGGAUGGAAGCUCGAGUGACGAUGAAAUGGCCACUUCUAGCACCAACACCGCGUCCUCAUCUGGUUUUCACGUCACGCAUGAUGACUUAAUGGAAGGAGUUUCAACAUUACUUUAA